GGAAUACUAGAGGUAAGACAAUGCGAUGUCUAAAUAACUGUUAUCUGUGCAACUAUAGGUCACUGGAUGUGUCAGCUCGCCUUGACCGCAACAGAACCCAAGAAGCCUGGGGUCGGUCCCGACCACCUCCCUGAAAGGGAAUCGAGCUUCCCCGCGAUAACAAAGAUGUGCGACGUGCGGAGUAAGUUGACAUCCAUACAUACCUAGAUAAGUAGGUAUAUAAACCCUCUAUUUGGAUAACAAUCACCGUGGAUUCAGCUUCCAGGAUACCUAUUCGAUGUAAAGCGCGCGUCGCAAAAGUCGCAAGCAUGGAGGACAUCGAGGCCGCGCAAAAAGCCGACGCCAAAGCGAAAGCAGCCGCCGCCAACAACAACAACAACCACGACGACGCCAUCGCGGACCUGAAAGCGGAGCAAGACACCCGCAACGUCGGGACCCUCGACCGCCGGCUCAAGUCGCGCCACGUGCAGUUCAUGGCGCUGUCGGGCGCGAUCGGCACGGGGCUCUUCGUCGGCAGCGGCCAGGUGCUCUCGCUCGCGGGCCCGCUGUCCGCGGUCCUGGCGUACGCGGCCACCGCCUUCAACGUGUACUGCGUCGUGCACAGCCUCGGCGAGAUGGCGGCGCACCUGCCGCUGCCGGGCGCCGCGCCCGUGUACGCCGCGCGCUACGUCGACGAGGCGCUGGGGUUUGUCUUGGGUUGGAAUUACUGGUACCAGCUCGCUAUCGGGUGUCCGAUCGAGGUCACGGCGUCGGUUGUGGUGGUCGAUUACUGGCCUAAUGGUGUGCCGAAGGCGGUGCUGACGACGGUGUUUUUUCUGGCGAUGGUGUUGGUUAAUUGCUUCCCCGUGCGGAUCUAUGGCGAGGCUGAGUUUGCGUUUGGCGCGGUCAAGAUUACGACGAUUGUUGGGUUGAUCCUUCUUAUGUUCGUCACUACGCUCGGCGGAACGCCUAGCGGCGAGAGGAUCGGUUUUCGGUAUUGGACCGAUCCGGGGCCGAUGAACGAGUACUUGGAGACCGGGGCCCUCGGACGGUUCCUCGCGUUCUGGAAGGUUUUCAUCCAGGCGACCUUCUCGUACGGCGGGUCGGAGAUGGUCGUCAUCGCUAGCGGCGAGACCGAGAACCCGAGGCGCAAUAUUCCUAAGGCGAUUCGGAGGGUGUUUUGGCGGAUCGCCCUUUUUUACGUGCUAGCCAUCUUCCUCGUCACUUUAUGCGUGUCGUCGCAAGACCCGCGCCUCCUAGACGCUAUUCAGAGUUCGGCACCCGGUGCCGCGGCAUCGCCUUUCGUUAUCGCUAUCGAGAACGGCGGGGUCAAGAUUCUUCCCUCCAUCAUCAACGCCGUCAUCCUCACUUCCGCGUGGUCUGCCGGUAAUUCGUUCUUCUAUUCUUCGACGCGGGUCUUGUAUGCGUCGGCCUUAGAUCGAAAAGCGCCCAAGUUCCUGACGUACGAGAAAUGGGGCGUGCCGUACGCCUGCGUCGGUGCAACUACGGCGAUCAGCCUGUUAUGUUACAUGAACGUGAAUAAUCAAGGGGCGGACGUGUUCUUCUGGUUCUCCAAUAUAUCGGCUGUCUCUACGUUGAUAGUCUGGUCAUCCAUUUGUGUUACUUAUCUGCGCUUUUACUACGGCCUCCGCUAUAACAGGAUAUCGCGCGACAGUCUGCCAUACAAGUCGCCUCUACAGCCGUUCCUCGCGUAUUUCGCCGUCUGCUUCUGUCUUAUUGUUGCUCUGUUCAAUGGAUACGAUGCUUUCUUCCCUGGAAAAUUCAGUGCGAAAACAUUCAUUCCGCCAUAUAUCGAUAUCCCGAUUUUCGCAUGUCUUUUCUUGGGGUAUAAGUUUAUCAAACGAACCAAAUUCGUUAAGCUGAGUGAAAUGGACCUGUGGAGCGGUAAAGCGGAGAUCGACCGCUUAGAAGGCACAUGGCCAGAGGUGAAGCCUAGGAACUUCUUGGAGAGGAUUUGGUUCUGGAUCGCGUAAAACAUAUAGGUAAUCAUGGAAGUAAACGACUGUCAGAGUUGUCAUUGAGAUCUAACUCUACAAUAUCAAACGCUACGUGGUUUAAGUAUGCGUGCGAUGCGUCGUGAAUUAAAGUACACGUGAAAUGAAUACCCCUUAUUAUCAUUGCCCCUUAACCCUUUGGUAAAACUCAUAAAAUCGUCUUACAUCGUCCCAUUUUUCUCCACUUAUUCAAUUGCCAAUGUAGUUCAUUACAUAUUCACGAAGACGGCUGCACCGCCGAACAGCGCAGCCGCGCCGACGGCACCAGUCUUCAUAGGCAUAGCCGCGCCCUUUGAAGAGCUGGACUCGGCCGAACCGCCAGCUGAUGUAGCAGCGGGGAAGGUGCUGGUAGGCGUUGUAACUCCACUAGUGAAAGGAACACCUUCGGUUCCGGAGCUAGCACCGCUAAAUGCUGCUGUGGCCGACGUAGCUGUCGUAUCAGGGGCUGCGGAGGUGUUGUUGGGAUUCAAAACCCUAAUUCAUACGUAAGCAACCUG